AUGGCAACAAGAUCUGCCUCCAACCCCACCGGCACGCCUGCCCAAGCGACCGCCUACCUCACCUCCCUCCUCAACAAGACCCUCCACAUCCACAUCUCCGACGGCCGCAUGUUCGUCGGCCAGCUCAAGUGCACCGACAACGAGCGCAACAUCAUCCUGGCCAUGACACAUGAGUACCGCCAGCCGUCGAAGAAGGACGUUGAGAGGGCGGCGGCAGAGCAUGAGGCGAGCGAGAAGGCGGGAAAGGUUAAGGUAGACAUGAAGAAGAGGUUCGUUGGGUUGGUGGUCGUGCCGGGGAGGUAUAUUGAGAAGGUGGAAGUGGAGGGAGUGACACUACACAUUGGGGCGGCAAACGUCUUCAAGGUCAUUUCAGCUGAUCGAAGGCCGCCUAUGCCUGAUCCCCCUUCUCCACCAUCUUACCCGGACAGCAUGUCUUCUUCUACCAACGACGCUCCUCAAAACGAAGCGACUCCUCUCGAACAGUUGCAGCAAGUAAUAUCCCUCUGGUCCAAAGGUACCCAAGACCUCCGGUCUAUUUUUACCUCUGGAACUUUCACAGAAUGCGCGGAAAAGAUCCGCAAGCUGCCUCUCGCCGCUGGAGCUGAGCAGAUCCUCCGCACGUCUCCGGACUUGGAUACUCAACACGAUCUUAAGGUGAUUACAGAUCUGGCUGAGUCACUGGUCAAGCUUUCCGUGUGGCUCGAAGAGACGAGCACUGAGCUCCGGAGUAUCCGUUCCGAUCUCGAUGCUGGCGAAAAUGUUAUCAUGGCAUCGUGGAACAACAGACCGAACAUUAGUGACAGGAACCUUUUUAAAGCCGUGGAACUGACGUUUUCACUGGCAAUUAAAUUGCCAGAGCUGCAGUCGUCAUUUGACCAGGCCAUAACGAAGUGGCGGGGACUCUUGCAUGACCUCGUUGCGAAGAUGGAAUCCAUGGAACUGCAUAUGACAGAGCGGGAGGCGGUCGAGCUUAUUGUGGAUGAGAUCAUGAAUUUAGACAGCCGGUAA